AUGCUACCAUGCUGUAAGAUUUUAGAACCUGAGACCAUGUUGAGAAAAGUAAAGGAAGGGAGUCUUUACUACCCAGAGCAUCCCUUAAAACAAAGUACAAAGUUCAACACACACCCUUCUACAGGGAGACUGUAUCUAGAGACCGACAUUGAUAGAGUGAGACGGCUUGAUGAACUGGUAGUUAAUGGCACCCUUGGGAAAGACAUGGAUGACACUGUGCUGGAGAAAGCCAUGGACAGAGGAAAAGAUAUAGGAAACAGGAUUCCAUGGGAGAGAAAUGGAGGAUUCGGGUUGGAAAAAGGAAUUGAGAAAAUAACUGAGAGUCCCUGGGAAGGAGAUAGAUGGUGUGAGAAAGGUAGAGAAAAGGUUAAAGAGAGAGAAAACGCCUGCUGGGAGCAAGAUAGGAGAAAUGAAAGAGGAAGAGAAAAGGAGAAUAAAGUAGCGCUCACAAAUUAUGAACUACCUCCAAAUCCAGUGGGUACUAGAGGGCGGAAAAACCCCUGUCCUGUUUUCAGCUGGCCUGAAGGAUUUCCCAGAAUGUCCUAUAGGUCCACAUCUCUGCCCAGAACUGUCAAUAACACUGACUUGGAUGGGGAGACGUGUUACGACGCGAGCGCCUUCCAUGACCACAAAGAUGACCUUCGCAAGCGCCUGUCGUACACAACCCACAAACUAGAGAUGGUGGAAACGGAGUUCGACUCCACUCGGCAGUACCUGGAGACGGAGCUGCGGCGUGCCCAGGAGGAAUUGGAGAAAUUCACAGAGAAGCUGCGCAGGAUCCAAAGUGGCUACGCAGCUCUCCAGAGGAUCAACCAGGAAUUAGAAGACAAGAUGUGCAGGACGUCCCAGCACCACGAAGAGGAAAAGAGAGCCCUCAGCCGGGAAAUCAUUCUUCUCAACAACCACCUAAUGGAGGCCAAGAUCACCAUUAAUAAACUGAGAGAGGACAACGAUCUGUACCGUAAAGACUGCAACCUGGCUGCCCAGCUGCUGCAGCGCUCCAAGUCUCACCACCGAGCACACAAGUUGUCCGAGUUGCCACUAGAAUUUCAAGAACGCAUCAGUUCCUACAUGGAGAAACACAACUGGGGUAGAGGAGCCACUGCAUCAAUGGGUCACCCUAACUACCCUGAGGAAGUGCCCACAACUAUCAUUGCCAAGAUCCUGGAAAAGCCUGAACCCGGUAGCAGCUCCCCUAAAAGAUGUUCACCUAGCCCUCACCAGGAUGGAGACUUUCUAAUAGGAACAGGAAGCACUGAUCAUCUGAACCGCCGCAUUGCGUAUAAAACAUCGGACCUUUACUGCAGUGACACGGCCCUGUAUUGCCCCGAACGGUGGCAGGACACAGAGCGUAGGCAGAGCGUCGACCUCCAUGGCACUGCCUUGGUUCAGCUGCACGCCCAAAACUCUAUCGAGAGUAACCAAGAUGAAGAUCCGUUUCAGUCUGGAAGUUUCUCGCACCAUGAGCCCCCGGCUUCUUUUCACCACUCUGAUGAGUUUGGGACGGGUAGUCUCCCUGCCUCCAGUUCCUACUCUAGCUUCAGCCUUGCAUCAGAUGAGAAGGGGGCAGUUAGUGGUGGGUAUGGGCGCAAUGCCAGCAGCACCUUAUCUUCUUCACACCAGGGACUCUAUAUGGACUGGAGAGACGGUGACAGUGGGGACUAUGAGAGGAAAAGCAUGUCCUCUUAUGAAAAAGACAGUUCCAGCUUCUCCAAGUCACACAGCAUUCAACAAAUGGUGACUUCCAGGAGCCCACAGAAGGGCAACCUGCCCUUGUACACAAGGACAGCUUCAUGUCUCAGUGAACCAUACCACUCCAGCAGCCCUCGCCUGGCAUCCUCUCACAGUAAGAGCGCCACAGGGUUACUAGAGCAGGCUCAAGGAGGAGCUCUGGAAAGUCGAAAUGAUGUACAGGUCCCUGAAGAUGACUUAAGUAUUCGCUGGAAACAGCUAAGCGUGGAAGACAUGAACACCUUCUCAUCUUCUUAUCGCAAUGCUGCAGGGCGAAUUUCUCCAUACAGUUUUUCUGAACAGCACUUCGCCAUGGGUUCCUCCAGCAAAGUCAAGGAGUCUCUCUACAGCAGCUUCCAAGAAGGAGACGAUGUCUUCCACAGCCACGUGUUUGACCAGUGUUUUGGUCUGGGCUCUGCUUCACCCAGCCGCAGUCCCAAACCUAAAGAGCACCAUAAGCAGGAGAAAACGACUGUGCUGUACCGAGGCAAGAACGACAGUCAAGACUCUGAAAGCAGCCUGUUCCUCUCAGGGAGCUCUAAAGACAAAGAAAGCAGCGGUGGGGCGACAGCGGCUAACAGUGCCAAGAAGGGUUACGUGAACCUGAGCGUGGACAGCUCGGGCGAGUCCUUACACCAAAGCUCACUAGAAGCUUCGAGUCUUCAGCACUACCCCAGCAGCCCCCGGCCAAGCGUUCGGCCUCGCCCGAGCUCCAGCUCUGCCAUCAGUGUUGGUCCUGCGCUGCCAAAGAAGACUUCUCCAAGGUACCAAAAAUUUGGCAGUACAGGAUUAACAAGGAAGGACAGUUUGACCAAGGCACAGCUCUACGGGACACUCUUAAACUGA